AGGUCCUCGUCAACGCCGCUGCAAUUUCGUUCAGGCUGAGCACACAGGAAGGAAAUUUUGCUCUCUUCUCAUCAUCAGCUAUGGCCGAGGUGAUUCAUCUCAGCAAUCAGAGACCAAGUAAUUGUUUUCCCUUUUAAGAUAGUGACAUUUUGUAUUAUAUGGCCACUGGAAGACAUAUUCCAUCAAUGUAUGAGGGGCAUUCUACUCCUGCUGCAGGAAUGGCAUCUCAUGGUUUGUUGCCUGCUGCACAUCACUCCAUGGGUUCACUUCCUCUUCAUGACAUCUUGGAGAACAGAUUAGGUUCCCAAGCAGCAGAAAUAGAGCAACUUGUUACGGACAAUCAUCAAUUAGCAUCUACUCAUGUGACCUUGAGGCAGGAUCUUGCUGCAGUUCAUGAGGAAAUAGAGAAACUCAGAGAACAUGUUAGAAGUAUUCGAACUGAAAGUGAUAUUCAGAUUCGGGUCAUAUUGGAUAAGAUGGCAAAAAAGGAAGAGGACAUUCAAGCUUCUGAUAGUAUCAAGAAGGAUCUACAACAAUCCCUUGAUGAGGUGCAGAAAUUAGUUACAACUAAUCAGGAGUUGAGUGCUAAAAUAAAGCAUACUACUGAAGAAUUGGAGAAAGCUCGUUUAGAAGUCAAGAAGUUACCAGAAAUGCACACUGAACUUGAAAACUUGCAGCAAGAACACCAACAGUUACGCAAGACAUUUGAGUAUGAGAAAGGUCUAAACAUAACGAAAGUUGAACAAAUGAAACUUAUGGAGAUCGACCUGGUUGGCAAGGCUACAGAAGUGGAAAGAUUGCGGACUGAGGUGUUAAAUGCAGAGAGGAGAGCUCAAGCAAUCAACUCAUAUGGUCAGCCUUAUAUGCACCCAACUCCUCCAAUACAUGCUAGCAUGUUGUAUAUGGAUGGCUAUGGAAGGCCUCAUUCACAAAUGGGCAUUCACUCUACAGGAGGCACUGCUGGAACUGCCGUCCCUCCAAAUCCUGCCUGGGGACGAGGACCAUAUUAAGCUUCACAUGCUAGGCAGUAAGUAAAUUGCAUUGCCUUGGGGCUUCAGCUGGAGAUGAUCUCCCCCUUUACUAACUACAGGUGUGCCUGAUUGUUUUUACAUCUUCCCAAAUGCUCUGUCGGGCCGGGAUGUUAGGCCUUUUGGGGAAGGUGUGCCUGAUUGUCGUGUGACGUCCCUGAUUGUUACUCAUGUAAAUUCUAUCUAAGCUUUAGUGAUUGAUGGUAUUAAUACCAAAUAACUGAAGGAUAUUAAUGAACUGUGAUAUAGGAAAAUGCUAGCCCGGAGCAAGUGUUGUGUUUUA